AUGACGGAUCAAGCAAGGUGGAAGGCUACCGUUUAUGUCGGUGGCCUGGCGGCGAUGAUUACUAUGGAAAAUCUUGAAGCUGCGUUUCUACCUUUUGGAGAAAUUGCCGAUGUCUCUCUCCCUAAACCUGAAGGACCCAACUCAAUGGAGUCCCACCGGGGUUUUGGGUACGUGGAAUUUGAAGAUCCAGAGGACACCAAAGAAGCUAUCGACAAUAUGGACCAGUCUGAGCUGUUCGGAAAAGUCAUUAAAGUCUCAGCCGCGAAGCCCCCGAAAAACGUCAAUGAAGGUCUAGGAAGCAAGACGGCAUUAUGGGAGCAGGAGGGCUGGCUUGCAGAGAACGCUGUGAGUGAGGAGGAUAAGACAGCUGCAGACAGAGCGAGAGCAGUUGCAGAAGACAGACCUGAAGAUCCAAUGCAAGGCUUAGAAGGUCUGGAUGUGGCGGGACCCGCAGCACCAGCGUGA